AUGUUAUCGAAUAACAAUAUGAAAGUGCAUUCAUCCUAUUCAUUGAUGACCACGAGUGAUAAUUACAUAUGCGAUAGUAAUGAUGAGACUUUGCUAACUAUUACAUCAAAUCUUAUUCAUCGAAGUUCUCAACCAAAUAUUCAUUUGCCAAAUAUUGUUAUCUUUAUUAUAACGUUCAAUCAGUUAAAUUCUUGUCAAUGCCAAAAAAGAUUAUCGAUUGAUUCUUCACUGCUAUCAUAUUCAUUUCUUGUUGGUUUGAUAAAUCGAAUAUUUAAUUUACAUUCAAAUUUUCUAAUAAAAACUAAACAUAAUUUCGUCAUUACCGACGAUUUUGAGCUUGAUGGUUGUAUUAUGAAUCAUGUCAAUGAAAGCAUUGUCGAACUUACUGUCGAUCGACACGAUAAACAUCAUCGAUGCAAAAACGAAACCAAUGCAAAUGAUAAUUAUGAAUUAAUCGAAACUGAAAAUGAUUGUAUUAUAGCUACAAUAAAAUCUAUAACUUUUCGACCGGAAACAUUAUUUAAGAAGGCAACAAGUUGGCUUCAUAGUUCAACCAAUACAAAGGCGAAUAAAUGUUUAACAAAAAAAGAAUUUCUUCAAAUGUUAGAUCAUUCGAAUGGUCGUUUAUUAAAUAUACACACUUUCCGGCAGCGUAUAUAUGAUAGUGGUUGUGAAGAAUCUAUUCGUAGUACAGUUUGGUGCUAUUUAUUUCGAAUCUUUAACGAAACAAUGACAAAUGAAGAUAAAAAUCAGUAUCAAAUUGACGCUCGCGAACAGUAUGACGCAAUGAAACAAACUUGGCAAAAUAAAAACGAAUCCGAAAUAAUAAUACUAGAAAAUUUAAUACAAAAAGAUGUAACACGUACUGAUAGUACAGUGAAAUUUUUUGAUAACAAAAAAAAUUUAUCAAGACAAAAACUAUUAAAUAUUCUUAUGAACUAUUGUAUUUAUCAUCCGGAACCGGGUUAUGUACAAGGUAUGACGGAUAUGGUUGCGCCUAUUCUAUAUGUUAUCAAUGAUGAACCAUUAGCUUAUGCUUGUUUUUGUGCAUUAAUGCGUUAUAUGAGUCUCCUGUUUCAUCCGGAUGGUAUUGCAAUGAAUCGUCGGCUAGAUUUAUUACGAAAAACUAUUCGAGCUAUUGAUAUAGAACUAUGGCAUAAAAUCGAACAAUGUGAUAUUGGUAAUUUAAUGUUUGCUUAUCGUUGGUUGUUAUUAGAUUGUAAACGUGAAUUUCCAUUUAAAGAUAUACCUCGUGUAUUUGAAACAUUAUGGGCAUCAUUACCGAUUGAUCGAUUUGAAUCAACAAAUGUCGAUGAGUUUUCUUCACUACCGAUAUUUACCAGACGACAUUUAUCAACAAUAUCGUCGGUAACAAAUACAAUAUUAUCAUCAGGUUCAAACUCGCUAACACCUGAAGAUAUUAUUCAAUCGGAACAUUCAAGUAUUGAUGCUCAUGAUUCAGAUUAUCGUGAAGAACAUAGUUCAUCGGCAUUUGAUUUAACUACGAGUUAUUCUAAACAAGAAAAAAUGACCAUAGAAUCGUCUAUGCCAUUAGAGAGAUGGUUAACAAAUUUCUCUUUGAUUGAUAAUGAUAAUGAUUUUUCAGAUAUGUUUACAAUAUUUCUUUGUAUGGCUAUACUCGAACAAAAUCGUUCAUCGAUUAUGCAUAUAUCAACAUCAAAUGUUGAUAAUGAUGAUCAGAUCGGAUGUUAUUUUGCACGACUUGCAAGAAAAAAUGAUGCUCAACAAGCAUUACAAUUAGCAAGACAUUAUCAUCGUCAAUAUGUUUUAUUUCAAAUACGUAUGAAGCAAUUAUUAUUAACAGCAAAUUAA